GAAAGAAUAAACUGGAAUUCAAGUUUAAACUAUUUGUUAAUAUUUAUUUAAUUUUUUUAGUUAUUCAGUAUAUUUUAUCCUAAUCAAAUUAUUUAGCUUAACUAAUUUAUUAUUUACUAAAGAAUGUCUGACGCUAAUCUCGUAGAAUCUGUAAGUUUUCUCUAUUAAAGUAUCCAUAACAUUUCUAUAUUUCAAUAUUAAUAAAUAUUAUAUUUAUAAUGUUUGUAUUAAUAUCUUUUUACUCUUUGCCUCUUUAUAUAAAAACAAAAUUAUUAUUUUAAAACUAUUUCUCGUAAAAAAAUAAUCUAAACUUUAACAUAAUACCUUAAUUAUUUUUUUAUAUAUAUACAAAUAUAACAAUUAUAAAAUAUAUAUGUAUUACAGGUAGCUGUACUAUACAAUAAUGGUUUAGAACUAAUAAUUGUUUUGAUUUAUUAUAAAUGAAUGAUUAAAAUGAUUUAUUUUUGGUCUAUAAAAUAUAAAUACUCAAUUGUAUUUUUUUUAGGACGAUGCAUCAAGUAUAGAUAGUUCAAAUACUGAUCUUACUUCGCGGAGUCAUGAACCAGCUAGACGUGGUCGAAAAACAAAAUCCAAACCAUCAAAUAAUACCAAAAAUGUUAAACUUCAGUAUAAAUUCUCGUAUGUAUUAAAUUUGAAUAAUACUUUUUAAAUGUAAUAGUUCAAAUUAUGAAUUAAUGUAAUAUCUAAGAGAAUAAUUUUUUUUUUUGUUACUCAUCCUACCUACUAUAAAUAUUAAUGUAAUUAAACUAGGUACCUUAAAAUUAACUUUACCUUUUACAAAUUUUGGAUCUUAGUAAUGUUGCUAAUUAAUAAUUUUUAAUUUUGAUCUUGCUUUCAAUUUAACAUAGACAUUUUCACUUAGAAAUUAUCUAUAUUAUGAAAUGAAUACUUACAGAUGCGCGUUGAGAGAAGAUCAUGGUCAAUCACUGUUUGGUGUUCAAUUCAAUCAUUUGUUAAAUGAAGACCAGCCGUUGAUAUUUGCAUCUGUUGGCAGUAAUAGAGUUUCAGUUUACCAAUGUUUAGAUGAUGGAAGUAUAAAUUUAUUGCAAAGCUAUGCGGAUCCAGAUGUACAAAUUCAUUAUUAUUAAAUAUUUUUUUUUUAUGAUACAAUUGUAUUUAUCUUUAUUACUGUAUAUAUGUAUAUAUAUAUAUUUAGACAAAUGAAACAUUUUAUACUUGUGCGUGGUCCAUAGAUGAAAACGGCAAACCACUUUUGGCUAUCGCUGGUAAUCGAGGCAUCAUACGUAUUCUUAGUCCAGUCACUAUGUCAUCUAUUCGACAUUAUAUUGGUAUUAUUAUUAUUUUUUAUUUAAUUAAAAAUUAUAAUAUUAAUAUGUAAUUUUUCUGUUUACAUAAUAUAAUCGUAUACUCUUAUUCUAGGUCACGGACAAGCGAUCAACGAAUUGCAAUUCCAUCCAAUUGAUACUAAUAUGUUGUUAUCAGUAUCUAAAGAUCACACCUUGCGCUUAUGGAAUAUAAAAAGUGAUGUGUGCAUUGUUAUUUUUGGUGGUGCUGAAGGUCAUAGAGAUGAAGUUCUUUCAGCAGUAAUUGAUAAAAAUAAAAAUAAACUCAAAUUAUUAUACUAUAUAUUUAAACUGUCAUUGUUUGAUUAAUUUCAGGAUUUUAAUAUUGAUGGUAAUCGUAUUAUGUCCUGUGGAAUGGACCAUUCAUUAAAGCUAUGGAGUUUAGACAAAGACUAUAUUCAAGAUGCUAUUAGACAAUCAUAUGCAUUUAAUCCUAAUCGAUCUGCUCGUCCUUUUGAUACUAUUAAGGAACAUUUUCCUGUAUUUUCAACUCGUGAUAUUCAUAGAAAUUAUGUUGAUUGUGUAAGAUGGAUUGGUGAUUAUGUAAUUUCCAAAGUAAUAUAUUCUGUAUACUUUUAAAUGACCAAUAUUAUAACAAUUUUAAACUCUCAUUAAAUUUAUUUUAUUUUAGUCAUGUGAAAACUGUAUGGUUUGCUGGAAACCAGGUCAUUUAAAAGACAAUGAACCUAAACUAAAUGAAGCUGCAGUAUCACAAAUAUGGUAUUAUGACUUUAAAGACUGUGAUGUAUGGUUUAUUCGAUUUUCUAUGGAUUUCACUCAAAAAGUAUUUACAUGACUAUUAUAACAGUAGAAGACAAAUAAAAUAAAAUAAUUUUGCUUUAGGUAUUAGCACUAGGAAAUACCAUUGGAAAAAUAUAUGUUUGGGAUUUGAGUUCUAAUGACCAAGCUUCUAUGCGUGUUACAACCUUGUCUCAUCCAAAAUGUAAUACAGUUAUACGUCAAACUACUUUUAGUCGUGAUGGAAAUAUUUUAAUUUCUGUAUGUGAUGAUGGUACUAUCUGGCGUUGGGAUCGGUUGCAAAGUGUUUAAAUAAAUUUACUUUACUGAUACAAUUCCUUCUAUUAUGGUUUUUAUUAUUAUUAUUUUUUUAUAUACCUAUUAUUUAUUUUUUGUAAUUUAAAUUUAAAAUAUCUUCUUGUUUAUCAUAAACUUGUUGAAAUGUUUCAUUGAUACUUAUGGAUGCAGUAAAACAAUUUUGUAAAUAUUACUGAAAAUAAUAAUGUUUUUAUGUAUAAAAACAAAAAUAAAUCUAUAAUUGAAAAGAAAAUUGGUAUAUAAUUAUUAUAAGG